AUGGCCCCUGUCCCGUCUGAAGCAGCAGCAGAGAACUGCCUGCCUUACAUCCGGGAUGCAGAGGUUGGCAGUGGGACAUUCGCCAACGUCUUCAAGGGGCACCAUGUGGAAACGAACAAGGUCGUAGCGAUUAAGAUGAUUCCUCGCAAGCGACUAUACAAUGCCAAGCUCGAGGCGAAUGCCUUACGAGAAGCGGAGAUCCUUCGCAAGAUUCAUCAUCCUCGUAUCACUUCCCUUAUCGAACUGCAGGAGAAAGAAUGGAACAUCUUCCUCAUCAUGGAGUUCUGCAGCGGCGGGGACUUGCAUGAAUAUAAGAGGAAGCGAGGGAAGAUAAAGGGGUUGGAGUACAUGCCCGACUUCGGGAUGAUGCCCGUGUACUAUCCACAUCCACCAAAGGGCGGACUAGCAACAUUCGCUGUCCGAUCGUUUCUUGUUCAACUGAUUGACGUGAUGAAGUUCAUGCACCAGCACAGCAUGGUCCACCGCGACCUCAAGCCAAGCAACAUCAUGCUUACGCUACCGGGCGAGCGGGAACUGAUGAAUGGCCAUCCAUUAGGAAUCCCAGUGCUUAAAGUCGCCGACUUCGGUUUUGCGAGGAUCCUGCCCGGCAAGACGCUGGCGGAAACACUAUGUGGCUCUCCGUUAUACAUGGCCCCUGAAGUCUACCUCGAGAACUACAAAUACGACUCCAAGGCUGACCUCUGGUCCCUGGGCUGCAUACUCUUCGAGCUCGCCUACGGUGAACUGCCCUACCUAGCACAAACGAUCACUGCGCUCCAAGCUGCGCACAAAGUCAGUGACGGCUCGACAUUACUGGACAAGGCGGACACGCGUGCUGUCCAGGCCGUACCACGCGAUGUUCGCGACUUAUGCGCCAUACUACUCCAGGGCGAUGUGGAGAAACGCGCGAGCCAUCGGAUGGUGUUUGCUCAUGAGGCGGUCCGAAUCUCCCAGGCUGAAGCCCUCAUCCCGCCGGAGCGGAGGCAGAAGAACAUCCAACUGAUGCAGAAGCUCGCAGAGAUCAGCGCGCCGGCUUAUGAAGCCUUAUCCCUCAGGUACAGACCGACAAAGAGGCCAGAGGGAGUUAUGGUGGAGGUGGAGCCGAAGCAGGAGAAGAGGGAGAAGAAGGAAAGGGAAAGAGAGAAGGGGGUCAGCCAAGAGGAGGACAAGAAGGUCAAAAGAGAGGCGAGGCCAGUGGUACCGAUCGCACCUAUAGUACCCACUAGGCCGGCCCCUGCACCACCUGUGGCAAAGAUAAAGACCCCUAAAGCUACUGCCUCAGGUGCCGCACGCUCACCCAGCGAAGGGAAGUCCCGCCCUCCUACAAGGAAAGAGCUCGAUCCACGGCGGCUCGACAGCCAAGAGCUCGAGCGCGAAUUCGUCAUAGUCGAGGAAGCGCCUGCCGUCGCGAUCAACCAAGUCGCAGACGAGAUGCAGCGCGCGCGUGAGCUAGCAAAGGACGGACCAGACCCGGUUGACCAACGAGGGGGAUACAAGUCAUGGGAUCUUCCAGAUCUGCAGGUGGACGGUGGAGCGGUGAAUGGGCAGGACGGCAAUGGAAGGAAGAAACCGAACUACAUCUUUGACCCGAAGAAUGCUGGAGAGGAACAGAUGAGGCAUAGGAGAAACGAGGACCGGAGGGACCACCAUUUUCCACCCUCGCCGAAUGAUACUGUCGUUGCACCCACGCCCAUGCGCCCGAUCCCACCAGCAGAGAAACCGCGAAGUACCAGCGCGCUAUCCAAGGCCAUUCAAGCCGCCAGUCUGAAGCUUUUUGGGACUCCAUUACCCAACCGACCAGACUCAUCUCCCCCUCUACGCAAUCAGCAUAUCAUACCGGUCGGCGCGUCUAUUCCCCCGGAAGAGAAAGAUAUCCUACGCAGGUUGGAAGACAUCUCGCAGAAGACCCACGUUCUGAACGAAUUUGCCAAUUCUCGGCGGGACGUCGCUGUCGUCCCGCACUGUAAGGUACACGACCACCAUCCCGUGCUAGGAGAGGCGUAUUUCCCCGCCAACGCUGGGGAUAGGCAGCUCGCAUCAUGGCAAUGCGGCAGGUCGGAAGAGGAGAUCCUCCAGGUGCUCAAUACUGCUUCAGAGGCUGUUGAGCUCUAUAUGCGUGUGAUGAUGUUCUCGCAAAAAGCGCUCGACUGGACGAUCGAUUUUUCCCGGGAGAAGGAGCUGCGCCAGGACAGCACGCCGCCGAGCGGAACGUUCAACGGUGCCGUCCAGUGGUUCCGCCAUGUCUUUAACCGCGCAAGAAAGAGGUGUAACGAGAUGCGCGGUGUGGCGGGUGAUCAUAUUAUCGAAAAAGUGGAUUUAUUUAUCUAUAACAAGGCGCUGGAACUCGCCAGAGACGGGGGUUUGAAGGAGACGCAGCCGGAGUUGUGGUUGCUCGCCGAGGAGGAAUACACGACAGCACUGUUACUCCUGAGCGCACUGUUCGAUGAUGUCUUCCAGGCAGACAACCCGGAGCGUGACAAGGACAGGAUAACAUUGGAUAUCUAUAUCAAUCUUAUCAAAGUCCGGAUCGGCAAGAUUCGCCGAAACAUGGCUGAUGCGCAAUCUGUGCCAACACCAGCGGCGACACCGGGCACUUCCCCCGAACAAUUACGAACCAUUCCUUCGCGAGGUUCGAGCGAAACGUCCCACAAAGGUUCUCCGCUGGUAGUGGCAUCGUGAUUCUCCUUCCUCUCAUUGGGCUAUUGUUUCCAUCUUGUACGAUAUAAUCGCACCAUACCUCACAUCUACCUCUUG